GCGUGGAUAUAGCGGCAGCAUGUUUGGUCAGUGAAUCACAUAUCUGCACCGUCCCCGUUAUCCGCCGGUAUAAAUAAGAGCGUCAGCGAGUCUGGAGCAGCUUCAGACGUGCUGGAGUCUCAGGAAACAAACAGAGGUCUUUUGCAUCAUUUUCACAUCAUUACCUGCUGGCCCUGUAAGAGUCAGAGAGGAUGCUAAUGAUGAUGAUGAUGAUGAAGAAGAAGGGAUCGAAGGAGUCUUUGGCCUUGGUGGCUCUUCUUCUGGCCUCAGCCAGCUGUCUCCUUCCUCCUCCUUCAAAAGAGGAUCUUAAUCAGAUUUCCAUUCAGGGAGAAAAGUAUCUGGAAAAACAAAUUGAAAAUGCCAUUAAUGGAGUGAAGGAGAUGAAGAGUGUGAUGCAGAAAUCUUCACAGGAGCACCAGAAGUUUUUGGAUGAUCUGGAGAAAACCAUGGAGAAGAAAGAGGAAGCGAUGCGUACAGCUCAGGAGAUGGAGGCUAAGUUGGAGAAGGAGGAGGAGGUUUGUAAUGAGACCAUGAAGGCUCUGUGGGAGGAGUGCAAGCCUUGUCUGAAGAACACGUGUGUUAAAUACUACUCCCGAACCUGCAGCAGCGGAUCUGGACUGGUGGGGCGUCAGCUGGAGGAGGUCCUGAACAGAACAUCUCCCUUCUCCAUCUGGAUCAACGGAGAGAAGAUCGACAUCCUGGAGCAGGAAGGGCAACGGCAGAACAAAGAGUUUAAGAACCUGGAAGAAAAAUACACAGAGAUGGCCGACGGUGUGGACAGCAUAUUCACAGAUAGUAUGAAGGUGGCUGAUCAUGUGCACUACAGCCCUCCUGUUUUCUAUUUGCCUAACUUUCUGUCACCGUACACUCGCCAUGGCAGAAGCAUCCGCUCUCUGUUCCAUGAUCCUUUCCACGGCUUCCAGAACUUGUUUACCCCGAUGAUGGGAAUGAGCAGGAACUUCUUCAGUUCCAUGGGCUCCAUGAUGGACAUGGACAGUGAUGCUGUUCCCAAUGAGGAUGGUAACAUGAAUGAGGAUGUGAUCAUCACCAAACCUUACGGUAACGGCAGGAUGACCUGCAGAGAGAUCCGCCGCAACUCGGCCGGCUGCUUGAAGUUCCGCGAUGAGUGUCAGAAGUGCAGAGAAAUCCAGCACAUUGACUGCUCCGGGAAGAAGCCUCUGGAGGGCCCCCUGAAGGAGGAGCUGGAGAAGGCUCUGGCCUUGGCCGAGCGUUUCACCCAGCAGUACAACGCCCUCCUGAGGAGGUUCGAGGAGCAGAUGUUCAACACCUCCACCAUCAUGGACGAGUACAACAGGCAGUUCGGCUGGGUGUCUUCUCUCGCAAACACCACCAGUGACGGCAUCUUCCGUACUCAGGCGGUGAUGUGCAAGGACUCAGAUGAGAAGGAGCCUGGAGAAACCAAAGUGAGCGUGAAGCUCUUUGACUCACCAUCUAUGAACUUCACUGUGCCGGGCGAAAUCCCCUGGACCGACCCCAAGUUCUCUGAGGUGGUAGCUCAGGAAGCUCUGGACCGCUACAAGGAAACCAGUGUUGUGGUCAAAUAAGCUCGCAGCUGGAUUCACACCUGAACCUUCAUUGUCUGCUGACUGGAGAAUGUUCUGGAUUCAUCCAAACACACCCGAAACCCUGAAGCUAACCCACCGUUCCUCUUUAAGUCCUGCUUUUGCACAAUUUAACCUCAGAGGUUUAUAUUGUUACAAUAGGCCUGCUGUAAGAGAAAAUAUUUAGUAGAUAACAGGCCCCACUGGUGUAUAGUACCUGCAACAAACAGCCUUGCACAACUGGCAAACUGGUCAUCUUUAAUGGGAGUGGGGGUGGGGUGCAUUGUGCAGUUUUAUUUUUCUGGAUUUGGAAAGUUAUUUUUUGCAUUCAGCAGCAAACAUGAGAUUAAAAAUAAUAUUUCUUCCAUUACAGAUUCUGCCAAGUUUUGAAUGGUUGCAAUAAUUUGAAAAAAACUUGAUCACUGAAGUAAUUUAAACUGCCUGAUUGUCCCUUUUACAGAGCUCAGAUACUGUCUGAGUUGGUUUAAGUGAUUUAUUGGCUGCCGCUCUGUAAAACAGCCUUGCAAUGAAGCAAUACGUAGAGACUGAAUAAAAACUUGCUCAAACUUUUC